AUGAACGCAAGGCCAGGUGUUGUUGUGGUGGCUGGUGAGUCGCGCAAGAUCUCAGAGGAAGACAGAGCGUCUUUCUGGCGAAGCAAAGGCGAAGACUCCCACAUCUUGCAAGAAGGUGUCACAGGGCUGUGGACCAUCCUCCGAAGCGCCAAUAAAUGGCGAAAAACCUGGCCAGAGCUCUUCGUUUCUUUUCCUGCAUGGUUGCGCCGGUACUGCUACGGCACUGAUUACGACACAGUUGGCAAGCAUGCCCAGCACGCGCUGGCCGCUUGUGCGAGAUACCUUUUUGCGAAUGGCGCCACAAAGGAUGUGAGGCACCUCUUCGUCAAGGAUGCUAUCCAUUUGCUGCGAAACGGACGGGAUGAGAUUCGCAUUGAAAUCUGCGGUGCCUUGUCGCACUGCAGGCCAGAUUUGCUCGGUAGAUUCAACUACGCAUGUGCAGCGGCCUCGCUGGAAGCAUGUGAGCGCCAACGCCGUGGACUCUGUCGCCAAAUUGCCUUCCUGGCAUUAGUAAGGUUCGCAAGAUAUGAUUUCAGUCUGCACAAGCCUAUGCGGGAGAAGCUCUGGGAGCUAUUCAAGUCUGCGCCGGAGCUGAUGUUCGACACUGUGGGCAUCCUACUGCUGGAGCUGACAGUUGUCGAUACCGUCGUUGCCCUGACAUGCUACUGA